AUGGCCCAAGCCUCGAGAUAUUUAUUAACAAAUCUGGAAAGCGACCGCAGCAGCACUGGAAGUCCCGAACCAGCAUCCGGAGUCCUUCAUGAGCACCACAUGCUCAUGGAGGGGCUCAAAAACUCUCGGAAGAGGCGACGUAGCACCUCCCCCGAGAAUAUGACCCAUUCCAAGUUUCCAAGAUCGGACUCGCAUUUAAAUGGAACUAUGGCAGGUAUGGUGACGCUCCAAAACUUGCAAAACCUUGCAAACUUGCAGCAAAACCUCCCGCAAGUGACAUCUUUAGCAGCAGGUCUCCAGGCUGGAAUGUCCAGCGGACUAUCAACCAAUCAAAUGAUCAACACGCCGCUGAAUUUAACAGUCAGCGCUUCGGGAGGAACAGCACCCACUCCAUCAAGCACGACGUCAUCACCCCAUCUCUUGCCCUCAAGCUCAGCCCCGAUGGCCACGCUACCCCAAUUACUGUCGCAGCAUCAGCCAGUGUCAAUGCCUCAAUUUAUUUUAACCUCAGGUCAACUGGUCCAGGGGAUACAGGGUGCUCAGCUAUUCAUUCCGACCUCCCAAGGCAAGCACGAUCCUUAUUUUCAGAUCACCUUAACCCAAAUAAUUAUGUUACAUUGGCUCGUCACGCAGACGAUAUUGACCAUUCCUGUUAACCACGUGACGAAUAAUCAGAUGGUUAAUUUGGCUCUGAGCAAUGGCCAAGUUGUCUCUACUACCCUUGCUAAUCUUCAAUCAAUAGCCCAACCGCAGAACCUCAUGAACACCCCAGCAAGUAAUGGAAAUAACAAUUGUUCUUCUGGAUUUAAAACAGUGCCAACGAGUCAAAGCAUGGCAUCGGGAUUGGGUCUGAAUCCGGCGUCACUGCCGCACUUGCUGGGCAAUAAUUCAGCAAGUCAACAGUUACUGAAUGCGAUGCAACCGCAACAGCUUCUUCAAGCAGCACAAGCGGCUCAAGCCCAAGCUCAAGCUGCCCAGGCAGCCCAAGCUGCUCAAGCAUCGCAACAACCUCUGCUUGCUACGUCGCCGCAACACCAGCACACCCAUCGGCAUACCUCGCACCUCAACCACUACCAGCAGCAACCCUCUGAUAAACAUCAUCGGGAGAGGCUGGAGCAGUCGUCGCCCUUGAAUAAUCCAGCGGUUUCGGCAGCUUCCGCGCUUAAUAGACUGGCUGCUACUAAUGGGGAAAUUACUAUUACUACCACCCAUGGCCCAGACGAGAUUAAGGAGUUUGCAAAGGCAUUUAAACUUCGCCGAUUGUCUCUGGGAUUGACGCAAACUCAAGUUGGACAAGCGCUGAGCAUAACCGAAGGACCCGCGUACAGCCAGAGCGCAAUAUGCAGUGCCCUGGCUACCCAGAUGUACGCUGCCUCGCAGAUUGCCUCUCAGCAGCAAGCUAUGUUCGAGAAAUUGGACAUCACGCCGAAGAGUGCGCAGAAAAUUAAGCCAGUGCUCGCGAGGUGGAUGAAAGAAGCUGAAGAGAGUUGCCAGAAUUUUAGUGAGAGUAGUGUUUAUGAUUAUAGGUAUAAAAGCGGUGCCAAUAAUCUUACGGAAUUUAUUGGAGUGGAGCCAAGCAAAAAACGAAAACGACGGACAUCGUUUACUCCUCAGGCUUUGGAACUUCUCAAUGCACACUUUGAUAAAAAUACACAUCCUACUGGUAACGAAAUAACAACCCUAGCGCAACAAUUAGGCUACGAGAGAGAAGUAAUAAGAAUUUGGUUCUGCAACAAGCGGCAGGCCCUAAAGAAUACCGUGAGGAUGAUGUCUAAAUAA